AUGCAGUUCACUCUCUCCACCGUUGUCCUCGCCUUCGCCGGCCUCGCCGCUGCCAUGCCCGCUGAGAACGUGGCUAAUGGUGUCCAGCACCAGAACGGAGCUCCUCGCUUCUCUGUUCCCGACGACCUGACUGUUGAGCAGGCCCAGGCCAAGUGUGGUGACCAGGCUCAGCUCUCUUGCUGCAACAAGGCCACCUACGCCGGUGACACCACCGACAUCAACUCUGGCAUGCUCGCUGGCACCCUCUCCAACCUCAUCGGAUCUGGCUCUGGUGCCUCCGGUCUCGGUAUCUUCGACCAGUGCUCCAAGCUCGACGCCCAGAUCCCCAUCAUUGCUAUCGCUCUCCAGGAUGCUCUCAACCAGAAGUGCAAGCAGAACAUCGCUUGCUGCUCCAACUCCCCCUCCACCGCCAGCAAUGACCUCGUCGGUGCCGGACUUCCUUGCGUUGCCCUUGGCUCCAUCCUCUAA